CUUGUAAACUUGUAAGCUUGGUUGGUUUUAAGUUGGUUUAAGGAUAGUCUUGUACCACGCGGAGAACAUUAGCUGACUUGUUGCAGAGACAGCUGGUCUGUCCGACAAUACCCGGCGGAAAAUAAUGGCAUCAAAUAAAGUUUCUCCAGCCAUCAAUUCGGCACUCCUUAUAAUGAUAAUAUGUCUUACGACUCAAAAUACAGUUUUAGCACACGAUGAAGCAGAGGGCGAAAACAUAGAAUUUCUCCUACAAUCAGAAACACUUUUAUCUGUAUCUGAGGGUUAUAAUAAUAGUCAACACUCUCCAGCACACGUAGAUAAACUAACCUAUCUACCAAACGACCGGGUACUGGAUGAUAUACUGAAAGCGGAAUCUCUAUAUUCUACAGAUGAAAACAUACACCUGAGAUAUAAAAGAGAUGACAACUUGGGCAGCGGUGAUGUGUGUAACAAUGACAAUGGAGGAUGUGACCAGAUUUGUAACAAUACAGACGAGUCAGAGUCAGUGAUUUGUUCGUGCAAUGAUGGUUUUACACUUAACAGUGACAAUACGACAUGUUCUGUUCAAGACACUCUUGAAUUGUUCAGUUUUAGUACAGAUGAAUCACAGUUACGAGGGGAUGACGUUACAUCACCUAGCAUAGAAUCUGAAGUUGGUAUUCCUUUUGGAUCAAAUCGAUACCAACAAGUAUAUGUGGGUUCUAACGGUAUUAUUAGUUUUGAUACACGUUACAACAGUUAUACUCCAAGAAUUGGUAGUCGAAACAAUUUUGUCUGUCCCUAUUGGGGUGAUAUUAAUCAAAGAUAUGGAGGUAAUAUUUAUUACCGUGUAUACAAUGAAAUAAACAGCUUCCAGAUGAGACAAUAUAGUCUGCAUAUUGCUGAAUAUGGGGGUGUUUCGAAUUUUGAAGCCAACUGGGCACUCCAGGUGACGUAUGACCGAGUUGCCCCUUAUCAAGGAUCAUCAGCCCAGCGAGUUACAUUUCAAGUGGUGUUGGUGUCAAAUGGUUUGGACACAUAUGCGUUAUACUUAUAUAAAGACCGUGCAAUGAACUGGUUUGAGAGAAGAGGACGUGUCUUUAUUGGACAUAAUGAUAACGGAAUUUUUAAUAAUAUUUUAUAUUCUGGAACAGAAGCUAGUUUUGAAAUAGACAGAUUUCGUGGUAAUACAGGUUUAAGGGGAUUUUGGAUAUUCAAAAUUGGUUCUGCACCAAGUGCUUCUCAGCUUUGUUUGAACUGGUAUUAUCGCAAUAGAAAUCACUUCACACAAAGAACUAUUCGUCGGCUUCCCAGAUGUCCAUGCAGUUUGUUCCGGCUAUGGUUUGAUUGGAGAUGGCGAUAUUCUGGCUUCGGUAAUGGUGUUGUUUGCUACAGAAUUCGACCAUCGUGGAGGUUUUGGCCCAGUAGCAAGGAAUGUUGUUAUGAUUCAUUUGGGAGAAAUAUGAUGUUUGGUCAGCAGGCUGGUUCAGCGCUUGCCUAUAAUCAAAGAUUCUUUCGACAACAGCAUUACACAGAGGAUACAUUAGCUAGAAGACAUUGUUGUCAACAGUCUAAUAGAUAUUGUUAUCUUUAUAAUUGGUUACGGCCAGCAGGAUUUUGUACAUUUAGAUCACCAUUCAGAAUAUUUUGGGUAUUUGGAGAUCCACAUAUUAAUACUCUGGAUGGUAAAACUUUCGUGUUUAAUGGACUAGGUGAAUACACUUUGAUGCGUACAACAACAGAAGAUUUUGUAUUACAAGGAAGGACAGAUAGAGCUGAAACAGCUAAUGGCACGCUCAGUAAUGCUACCAUAUUUAGUGCCUUUGCUGUCAGAGAUGAUAAUGGAACAACUUUCCAGGUAGAAUUAGACCAGAAUAAAACAGGAUUAAUCAUUUACGGAAAUGGUCGUGAUUUUACUAGCAGCUUUAAUGAAAUAAGUGAUUUUACAUAUGAAUCUGGAGGCGCAUUAUCAAUAUCAAGGAAUGGCACAAAAGUCACAGCAGUAUUUUCAUCUGGAAUAUCCUUGACAGUUACACCUGGUUUAAAACUUCUUACUAUAUCAUGCACUGUACCGGAAGAUUAUAUGAACUCUACCAGAGGGUUAAUGGGUAAUUUUAACAAUGAUGUCAACGAUGAUUUUGCAUUACCUAAUGGAACAGUGCUUUCACCAAACAUUACAGAAAGGGAAAUAUAUAGAGACUUCGGUCAACAGUGGAUGAUUAAUGCUUCAGAAUCUGUUUUUAAUUAUCCUCCAAGAAAGGGACCGGCAGAUUUUUCGUUCCCAGAAUUCGUUCCCGUUUUUCUUGAUGAACAACCAGAUGAUGUUAAGGCCCAGGCGUACGCUGUUUGUGGAGGUCAGACCAAUCUGGCAUGUAUUUAUGAUUUCAUUGCCACGGGUAACCAGGCAUUAGCAGCAGAGACUCUAACCAGCAACGACGAUGCAGAAUCUACAAAUUCUGAAAAUGCUAAUACAACCCCUGAAAUUAACGGUACAACUAUAUUAAAUGCUACUGUUGGUGAGACAUCUGUUAUAAGUGUCAUAGGUACAGAUUCAGAAGAUGGCGAUGGUGUAACAUAUAUUGUAGUUGAUCAACCUGUUUCAAAUUUCUCAUUUAACAAUCAAACUAAUUAUGCUUCUUGGACUCCAUCCGAUGCCAACCCUGUUAACAUCUCAUUCGUUGUUCAAGAUACCAAUAACCUACAAUCUCCACCUUUAGAAGUUCAAGUACGCCUAUGUGAUGGUUGCAAUAGUAACGGUAAUUGUGAUCAUUCACGAACCAGACAAGCCCUGGAUGAGGCUGAUAAUCCGUCAUUUCAACUGGUUGCUUGUAAUUGUAGUAGAGGAUGGGAAGGUGAUAGUUGUAAUGUAGAUAUCGAUGGUUGUGCUGAUGACCCAUGUCUUGUAGGUCAAAACUGUACAGACAGACCAGCAGCUAACCAUACUGUCACUAACAUUGGUUAUGAUUGUUCACCAUGUCCUGACGGUUAUUCAGAACAGGGCGAACCACCUAAAUGUGAAGAUGUUAAUGAAUGUAACUCAACCAAUAAUUGUGAUCAAGUUUGUAAAAACACAGAUGGAAGUUAUACAUGUAGCUGUAAUUCUGGGUACAGAAAACAAGGUUUCGGUACAUGUAAUGAUAUCAAUGAAUGUGAUGAGAGAAUUAGUGGAUGUAAUCAGUUGUGUACAAAUACAGAUGGUAAUUUUAACUGUUCCUGUAGAUCAGGAUAUAUAUUAAAUGCAGAUGGCAAGAACUGUACAUCAAAUACCACUAUAUGUCAAUCAAGUAAUUGCACACAAGGUUGUUCUGCGGGCGAUUCCGGUUCUACAGUAUGUUUUUGUAGAAUAGGAUAUAUUCUAAAUGCUGAUAAUGUAACUUGUGACGAUGAAGAUGAAUGUUCAAGAAAUCCUACCCCGUGUUCGCAGGAAUGUAGUAAUAAUGUUGGCAGUUUUGAAUGUUCCUGUUUCCCAGGUUAUAAUUUAGCUCAAGAUAGAAAGACGUGUGAAGAAUGUCCCAUAUUUACAUAUGGAGUCGGUUGCAGUAAAACGUGUCAAUGUGGUACGAAUGGCAUUGAAUGUGAUAAGGUUAGAGGAUGUAUUUGUAAAAAUGGUUGGAGAGGAGAAAAUUGUACAACAGAUAUUGAUGAAUGUACAGAGGGUACAUUUAAUUGUACAGCUGAUACAAUCUGUGAUAAUACUGAUGGUUCUUACCAAUGUUUAUGUCAAUCGGGUUAUCAAAAACUAAAUGGCAUAUGUCAAGAUAUCAAUGAAUGUAACGAUGAUAGCAUUAAUGAUUGUGAACAAACCUGUUUGAAUACAAAUGGUUCUUUUUCAUGUGGAUGUACAUCGGGAUACAGAACAAGUGACGUUAAUAUCAAACAAUGUGUUGAUAUUGAUGAAUGUUCGUCUGAGGCACAUGGUUGCCAGCAAUUCUGUGACAAUGUUGAAGGUGGCUAUAAUUGUAGAUGUGAAUUUGGUUUCCAACUUGCAGGAGACAGAAAAACCUGUCUAAAAGUGGAGGAUGUCUGUGCUACAUUUAUAAAUCUCAACUGUAGCUAUGCCUGUAAUGUGAGUUUAUCUGGAGAAACAGCAAAUUGUUAUUGUCAAAGUGGUUACAGAUUAGCUAAUGAUCAGCAAACAUGCUUAGAUAUCAAUGAGUGCGAGAGUAAUGUCACCAAUCGUUGUUCUCAUACAUGUGACAAUAAAAUUGGUUCUUAUUCCUGUUCUUGUCCUGUUGGUAAAAAGCUAGAAAAUGAUGAAAGAACCUGUUUAGAUUGUGACAAUUCUCAUUGGGGUGAAAACUGUGUUAAUGAAUGUGGGUGUGGUAUAGGAGCAUCCGGAUGUGAUAAAAUAACAGGAUGUGUUUGUAAAAAUGGUUGGCAGGGUGACAAAUGUCAACAAGAUGUAGACGAAUGUAGCACUGUUGGAAUUUGUCCACAAUUAUCUACAUGCCGAAAUACACCUGGAAAUUAUUCUUGUGAUUGUAGAGAAGGUUAUGAUUUAAUAUCCAAUACAUGUCAAGAUAUUGAUGAAUGUAGUAGCAGUCAGUUAAACACCUGUGAUUCUUUUUGUAACAAUACAGUUGGUAGCUUCAUCUGUUCUUGUCGUUCUGGAUUUGUUCUUCGGAAUGGAAGUUGUGCGGAUAUUGAUGAAUGCGAAAAUGGAAUCGAUAACUGUGAACACACCUGUCGUAAUGAAGCAGGAAGUUUUUCAUGCGAGUGUAGAAAUGGUUUUAGGAUUUCAGAUGAUGAUGCUAGCCGAUGUGUAAGCACUGGUGGUAUAAAUUGUUCAUUGUCUUGUGAAAAUUGUGAAAUAUUGAAUAAUGGGAGCUCCAGAUGUUUUUGUACAAGAGGUUUCAAACUUGCUGCUGAUAAUUUGAAUUGUACAGAUAUAGAUGAGUGUUCAGUUAAUCCAUGUACAGAUGGCAAUUGUACACAGGGUGGUCCUGGGGAAUUUACGUGUGCAUGCCCUGCUGGUUUUCAGUUAGAAGCAGAUCAAGUUACUUGUAAAGAAUGUCCACAAGGAACACAUGGUACUGAUUGUUCAUCCACAUGCGACUGCUACGAUGCUACUACAGCAUCUUGUUCUAACGUUGAUGGUACAUGUAGCUGUGUUGAUGGUUGGCAAGGAACUCAAUGUGAUGAAGAUAAAGACGAAUGUGUCGAUACACUAGCCCCUGAUUGUGGUUUACAGUCAUCGUGUCUUAAUACAAAUGGAUCCUACAUCUGUAAAUGUAAUGUUGGUUAUUUUAAAUCAAAUGAUGGUUGUGUUGAAUGUGAUGAUACACACUGGGGAGAUAACUGUCAAGAAACAUGUCAAUGUGUAGCUGGUCAUGUAUUAUCAUGUAAUAAGACUGACGGUACCUGUAACUGUAAUAAUCAAUGGAAUGGUAGUAGGUGUCAAACUGAUGUUAAUGAAUGUAACAACCAAACUAUCUGUGGUUCACAAAAUUUCAAAUGUGUUAACUUUGAUGGCGGAUAUAGGUGUGAUUGUCAAGACGGCUAUACAAAGGACGCUAAUGGUAAUUGUGAAGAUAUAGAUGAGUGUGUAGAUUUACCGUGUCCACAAUUUGAAACAUGUAGUAAUACAGCUGGUAACUAUACAUGUACCUGCCCUAGAGACAGCUUCUAUACUGUAAACGAAACAUGUACAGAUAUAAAUGAGUGUGACACGAAUAAGGGUGGAUGUCAACAGAAUUGUACAAAUCUAGAUGGAAGCUUUAGAUGUGAAUGUAGCACUGGUUACACACUAAAUAGUGAUGCUGUUAAUUGUACCGAUAUUAAUGAAUGUAAUAUAAAUAAUGGAGGUUGUGAGCAAGUAUGUAAUAAUACAGUAGGAUCUUAUAUAUGUUCAUGCAAUGCUGGUUUUACACUCAACAAUGACAAUAAAAAUUGUUCUGAUAUUGAUGAGUGUAAAAAUAGUAAUAUGUGUACUAAAGAUAAUGAAGUUUGUAACAACACGAUUGGUUCAUAUGAAUGUAUCUGUGAUAAUGGCUAUGUAAAUAUAUCAUCUACGUGUCAGGAUAUCGAUGAAUGUUCUAUACAAAAUGGAGGAUGUCAACAUGAAUGUCGCAACCUAAAUGGGACAUUUAAAUGUGAAUGUAGGACUGGUUACGAGCUAACCAAUGAUACUACCACUUGUACCGAUAUCGAUGAAUGUUCUAUACAAAAUGGAGGAUGUCAACAUGAAUGUAGCAACCUAAAUGGGACAUUUAAAUGUGAAUGUAGGACUGGUUACGAGCUAACCAAUGAUACUACCACUUGUAUCGAUAUUGAUGAGUGUAAAAAUAGUAAUAUGUGUACUAAAGAUAAUGAAGUUUGUAACAACACGAUUGGUUCAUAUGAAUGUAUCUGUGAUAAUGGCUAUGUAAAUAUAUCAUCUACGUGUCAGGAUAUCGAUGAAUGUUCUAUACAAAAUGGAGGAUGUCAACAUGAAUGUCGCAACCUAAAUGGGACAUUUAAAUGUGAAUGUAGGACUGGUUACGAGCUAACCAAUGAUACUACCACUUGUACCGAUAUCGAUGAAUGUUCUAUACAAAAUGGAGGAUGUCAACAUGAAUGUAGCAACCUAAAUGGGACAUUUAAAUGUGAAUGUAGGACUGGUUACGAGCUAACCAAUGAUACUACCACUUGUAUCGAUAUGGAUGAGUGUAAAAAUAGUAAUAUGUGUACUAAAGAUAAUGAAGUUUGUAACAACACGAUUGGUUCAUAUGAAUGUAUCUGUGAUAAUGGCUAUAAAAAUAUAUCAUCUACGUGUCAGGAUAUGGAUGAAUGUUCUAUACAAAAUGGAGGAUGUCAACAUGAAUGUCGCAACCUAAAUGGGACAUUUAAAUGUGAAUGUAGGACUGGUUACGAGCUAACCAAUGAUACUACCACUUGUAUCGAUAUAAAUGAAUGUAAUCUUCCUACUAGUUGUACUAGAGAAAACCAGGUCUGUGAGAACAGUCUUGGUACAUAUACGUGUAAUUGUGAAACAGGUUUCACAAAACAAUCUGAUUCUUGUGUAGAUAUAAAUGAAUGUGAUACAAAUAAUGGAGGAUGUAAUCAAGUAUGUAAUAAUACAGUAGGAUCUUACAGUUGUUCAUGUAAUACUGGUUUUAUAUUCAACAAUGACAAUAAAACAUGUUCUGAGGCUGUUAGGACAAAUAUGACAUUAGAAGUAGCAGAUGCCUUCAAUCAGAGUUUUAUUUUGAAUGAUAAAGACAGCUCUCCGUUUAAGGAACUCGUGAAAACAUUUACUACAAUUCUAUUGGAGUACUUUAGAAAUCAGUUAAAGAAGACCAAUAUUGUUGUGUAUAUUUUUGAUAUAAAGCCUGGUAGUUUGGUAAUAGAUUAUGAGAUUAUAACAAGCAAAUUAUCCUCUGAUCAAUUAGCCAUUGCAGUGACACGUUUAGCUAAAGGCGACAAUCUUACAAUAGGAAAUCAAACCUACGAUGUAGAAUCUGUCAAAGUAAACGGGAAACCAGUGGCUAACUUUUCGGUGUGCCAACUAUAUGAACAAUUUAACAGUAUAUGUGGUGAUAACAGUGUUUGUGACACUGAUGAGGAUGGAGUACCAUAUUGCAGGUAAUGACAUUAAAAACUAUCAUCACAUUGAUUCAAGUCAUUUUCCACAAAGUUUA